AUGGUUUCAUCUCCUGACUGGGCUUGGCUCCCAAGCGACCUUCUGGAUUCGAUACUAGAAAAAUUGAUACCAAUCACUGACUACAUCCGGUUCGGUGCAGUUUGCAAGCAUUGGCAAUCCGCGGCGUCGCAUCAGAAAGAGCAUCGCAUGAAAUCAUGUCACAAACAGCUUCCUAUGCUCAUGGAGAUUACUAGAAACUACAAAGACGAAGGCCGGGUUGACGCCUUGUUUAGUGUGGCACAAGGAGGUAAGCUGAGGCAGUUGAACUAUAUGCCUUAUUACAUUAAGAACAAGCAGCCUUUUUCUGGGAUGACGUGGUGCGGUUCCACACAUGGUUGGUUGGUUUAUGAUGAAAGCAAUUCUGUACUGACCUUGUUGAACCCUUUCACCAGGCAUACCAUUACUCUUCCACCACUCAGAGAACCCACAGAUGCAAGGGCUUUUAUUCAUUGGGUUAAAUUGUCGGCUGACCCAUGUUUGUGUCCUAAUGAUUAUGAAGUUCUAGUACGAUACAAUAGUAUAGAGUUUGAUUCGGUAACCAGUCUAGCAUAUUUUAGAUCAGGGGAUGAUACUUGGACUCAAAUAGGUGAUGAAAGUUUCGCCAGCAAAGUUAGUGAUGCAGUUUAUUAUAAAGGCCAGUUUGUUGCUCUUACCCGUUCGGAAUUGCCGGCCAACUUUACCAUUAACUUUAGCAGCAUACCAACUACCAAAUUCGAAUCUCAUGAUCCAUAUUCACCUUAUAUGAUCUCCGAAUAUAUUCUCGAAUCUUCCGGGGGAGAUUUAUUGUUGGUUAAGAGGAUUGAAGUAUCUAUGACGUCUAAGAAGUGCAUACAAGUUUUCAAAUUGUUGCAUGCAGAUGGGGAUAUGCCUAGAUGGGUAGCGAUUAAGAGUAUUGGAAGUGAUGUUUUGUUUUUGUGUAUCCGUUCAGCUAUGAGUGUAUCCGCAUUAGACUUUCCACAGUGUGUUCCGAAUUCCUUAUACUUCACAGACGGUGUCUUCAAUUUGGAGAAAACGGAGGAAUGGAUUGAAAAAGACACUUCAGGAUUGUACAACUCACUAUUAUGGGUUUCUCCCACUAUAAGGUGA